AUGAUAUAAUACAUCAUACCUUAUUUAUUGUUAUUUAGGACUAUCAAUACCUAACUUUAAGAAUGUCAAUGUUAUUAUAUCCCUGAAUAAUUCAUUUGUGAGAUAUCUAAAAGAUGUUAAUGGAUAAAUAACAUGUGUGAUUAAAAUCAAUCUUACAUCAGUAAAAUUGGAAAUAAAUGUGAAUAAUUUACAUAAGAAGAAUGCGUUUAAUAAGAAGAUUGUUCAUUUAAGGAUGGUUCAUGUAUUGAUUUCAAAGGUUGUAAUAUAUUUACAAUUGAUAAAUGUGCGUCAUCAAUAAAUUGCAUAUCAGAUGGACGCACUUGUAUAUAAAAAAAUGAAUGCUAAAAUUAUUUAACAUAAGAAGCAUGCAAAAAUUAAGAUAUCUACAAAGGAUAUUGCUAAUGGAACAUAAAAUAAACUACCAAAUGUUCUAAGAUAUAAGAAUGUUCUGAAUUACCAAUAUUGAAAUCACAUAUUUAAUGUGAAAAUGCAUUAAAUUAAUGUACAAUAGAUUAGAAAGGAAACUGUACAAAUAAAGCUUAUUUAUGUAAUUAAUAUAAGAUAUUCCAAUGUUACAGUACAAUAGAUGGAAAAGAAUGUUUUUGGAAUUAAUUAAAAGGUUAAUGCAUGGAAAAAAUCUGUUAGAAUGCAUAAUUUUCUACAGACAAAUAAUGUAAAUAGUUUUAGUCAUCUUGCACUACAAAUGGUUUUAAUUGUAUUUUAAGAGCAUAAUGUAAUGACAUUACACAUAUCAAUGGUUGUGUUAAUGAUGUAGAUGGUAAUGAAUGUUUUUGGACAGGAAUAAAUUGUAUAAAGAAAGUUUGUUUUUAAAUUCCAAUGGGAGAAAAUUGUUAUACUUAUUUUUAAGAAUUAGAUUGUGUACCAACAUAAUAUGGUAAUUGUAAAUCUAGACCUUAAAAUUGUAAUUAAUUUGAAACUGAAGAUUCAUGUAAGUUUGAUUAUACAUCAUAAUAAUGUUUAUGGAAAAAUAAUUAGUGUGUUUUAAAGACUUGUUAGAUUGCACCAUAAUAUACUAAUUGUGCAUUAUGGAAAGAUGAUAUUUCAUGUGUAGGUGAUUUAAAUGGAUAUUGUAUAGAUUUGCCAUAAUAUUGUUCAUAAGUAACUGAUAUGACAUAUUGUUAUAAAUAAAAUUCUGGUGAUUUCUGUUAAUUUUAUACAUGUACAACUGCUUAUUGUUCUAAGGCUCCUGAAAAUUAUAAUACUCAUAAUUAAUGUGAAUAAUGGAAUAUUGAUUGUACUGUUUAAUUGAAAGAUAUUAAUUCAAAUAUUGGAAAUGGAUGUGUUUAUAAGUUUGAAAAUUGUUAAGAUUAUGAUAAUGUAAAUUAAUGUAAAAGUACAUUAAAUAAAAUAUAAUGUAUUUUUGUAGAUGGUAAAUGUUAAGAGAAAACUUGUGAAAUGGGUAAAUAUACUAAUCAUUUAGAUUGUUAAAAUUGGAAAAGUGAUUGUAUAAUUAAUGAAUUUGGUAAUUCUUGUAAAAAUUGGCCAAAUAAUUGUUAUGAACUUAUAAGUGAAUAAUAAUGUUAUAUUGGAUUAUAAACAGGAGUAUAUUGUGAAUGGACAGGUUCUUAAUGUUUACCUUAAUAAAAUAAUUAAUUAUGUAAUUUAGCCAAUAAUACAAGUUAAUAUGAUGAACAUGAAAAAUGUAAUAGAUGGAAUGGUUUAUGUACAGUAUUAAUUAAGGUAUAUGGUUGUGAACCAAGACGUAAUUGUGAAGAUUAUUUAUUAUAACAUUAAUGUAUUGUUGGUAUUGAUAAUUAAUAAUGUUUUUGGGAUGGAAUAUAAUGUGUUAAAAAAUGUGAUGGAUAUUCAAUUGAAACAGUUGAUAUUAAUAAAUGUUAAUUAAUUGAUUCUACUUGUUAACUUAAUAAUUUAACAGCAGUUUGUAUUUUUAAGACAUAUUGUUCAGCAUAUAAAAAUAAAUUAGAUUGUAAAAUAAAUAAUAGUGAUUAACCAUGUAAAUGGAAUACAGUAGAUUAGAAAUGUGAAGAUGUUAUUUGUGAAGAUAAUACUACUGCUAUUACUGAAAGAGAAUGUACUUAUUAUCUAAAUUAUCAAUAAUGUUAUUUAGAUAAUAUAGGUUGUAUUACUAGACCAUAAAAAUGUGAUUCAAUCUUAAAUAAUAUUAUAUGUAAAUAAACUAUUCCAAGAUGUUAAACUACUUAUUGUUAUUAUACAAAUGGUUGUUGUACAUAAAUAUUAGCCAAUUAAUGUGAAUGGAUAACUGAUUCUACAACUAAUUAAGAUUGUUAAAAAUAUAAUCCUGAUUGUAUUCUCAAUAUUGUUACUGGUAUAGGUUGUAUGACUUCUAAUAAUUGUGAAUUUAUUAAAGAUUAAAUACUUUGUAUAUCUAUCAAUGGUUCAACUAAAUUACCAAAUGGUGAUACAUGUAUAUCAUAUAAUGGUAAAUGUUAUUCUCAAUCUAAUUGUAAUGGAUCUCAAACUAAUUGUAAUGCAAUUGUUAUUUCAAGUGUUAAAUGUAAAUUUGGUACAACUGGAACAUGUGUUGAAAAACUAUGUACUGAUUAUGUUGGUAUUGCUAAUAUGACAAAUUGUUAAUCCUUUUAAAGUUUUUGUUAUUACAAUGGAACCAAAUGUGCUACUCUAUUGGAUUGUAAUGAUUUAACUUCAUAUGGUUAAACAGUAUGUAUAUUAGGUAAAGUAGUAGGUGGAUCUGUUUGUUCAUGGAAUGGCACUUCUUGUUAAACAAUAUAAUGUUCACUUAUAAGUGGUACUAAUUGUUUAUUAUAUAAUAAUAAAUGUAUCUAAGGAGUAUCCAAUUGUAUAGAUAUAAAUAAUUGCAAUUAAAUAACUAAUGAAAUUUAUUGUUAAUUAGCUUAUAAUAGUUCUAAUCUUAAAUGUUUAUGGGUUAAUUCAUCUUGUGUAGAUUAUUUUGAUUGUACUAAUACUUUUACUAAUACAUAUAAUGAAUAUUAAUGCAUAAGAUAUGAUUUAUGUAGAUUAUCCAAAACUACUACUGGAUGUGAAUUUAAAUCAUGUAAUGAAUAUACACAAAUGGAAUAUUGUAAUAAACUCAAUUAAUGUAUAUGGAAUAAUGAUUUAUGUUAAAAUUAAAAUGAAUGUUAAUUCCAAUUAAAUCAAACAGAUUGUGAAUAUUUUACUUAUUGUUUUUGGGAUACUACUUUAUGUAAAUAAAAUGUAUGUAAUAUUGCUACUACAGAAUAAUUAUGUUCAUAAGUUAUUUUAUAGAGUGGUAAUAAAUGUUUAUGGUUAAAUAGUACUUGUAAAGAAUAGUAUUAAUGUUCUUCAAUUAAGAAUCCUUUAUUUUUUGAAGAUUGCAAUAAUUAAAAUAAUGGAUGUGUAAUUAAAUACACAUUUAGUGAUAAAUCAAGUUAUUGUUAAACUAAAAAAUCUAAUUGUUCUUAAUAUACAUCUAUUUAUCAAUGUACUAAAGAUAUAUAUGAUAAUUUAUGUAAAUGGGAUUUAAGUACAUCUACUUGUAUUUACAAUCAAUGUUCAACUUAUGUAACUUCAAAUAGUAUAUAUAGCAAUUGGAUUUGUUAAUAAUUUAAUAAGAAUUGUGUAUUAAAUACAACAUUAAAUGGAUGUAGAACAAUAUUAGCCUCUUGUAAUUUAUAUACAACUUAAUAAUUAUGUGAUUAUGCACUUAUUACAUCAAAUACUUAUUGUUAUUGGAAUGGAUCCUCAUGUAUUAAUGCUUAAUGUUCUUAAUAUAAUACAUUAAUAUCACCUCCAAUAUCAUGUGAAUAAUUUAGUUAAUGUAAUUUAAUAGGAAGUACUUGUUAAAAUAAAUUAACUACUUGUAACUCUUAUUUAAAUGAAACUUUAUGUAAUUCAACUACAGAUAUAUCAUAAAACAUUUGUGUUUGGAUUAAUAAUUCUUGUAUAAAUAAAACUUGCUCUAAUUAUCCUUUCAAUAUAUUUAAUCAUAUGAAUUGUUCACAAUGGUUAAAAUCAUGUACAGUUAAUUAUGAAGAAACAUAAUGUAUAAAUAUUGUUGAUUGCACAUCAGCACCUUAAGAGAUUAAUACAAUUAAUUAAUGUGAAUAAUUCAUAUCACCAACCAAUUAAAUCUGUACUAUAUCAUAAAUUCAAGGUGGUUGUACUAAUUUACCAUCAACUUGUAGUUUAGCAUCUAGAACUUAAUGUGUAAUAGAUUCUAACAGAAAGAAAUGUUAUUGGAGUAAAUAAUACGGUGUUUGUAAAGAAUUAAUAUGUACAAAUAUUGAUAAUACAAUAACAACUGCACUUGAUUGUGAACUCUUAUUAAAUCAUUGUACAUUAGCUAAUUCUGGAUUUGGAUGCUAAAAUAAAGGAUCAUGUAAUAGUUAUAAUAAUAAUACUUGCUAAUUUUUAAAUAUUAAAGAUAAUAAUUAAAGAAAUUGUGUUCAAGGUUGUUAAAUGAUUGUUUGUGAAGACUUUUAUUAUUAAAGUGAUAAGUAUUGCAAAAACAUUCUCAAUGGCUAAUGUAUUACAAAUGGUGUUUAAUGUAUUACAUCAUAUAGUUGUAGUGAUUUUAGAUUUGAUAAUUAAUGUAUCAUAUCAAGACAAGGUCUUUAAUGUUUGUGGUACAAUAAUUAAUGUGUCAAUAGAAAGUGUGAAUUAGCUGAUAUUAAAUAAUAUCAUACUCAUUCUUAAUGUCUUAAUUUUAUGAAUACAUGCACUUUUAGUAAAGUAAAAAAUAAAUGUGUAAUGAUAAAUUAUUGUUCUGAUUAUGAUAAUUAAGAAUCUUGUUCUUUUGAUAAGUUUGGUUCAUUAUGUAUUUGGUAUCAAGAUAAAUGUUAUGAGACUAAAUGUUAAAAUACUUGUGGUGAUGGAAUUGUUAAUUUAGAUAUUGAGUAAUGUGAUGAUGGUAAUCUUAAAGCAAAUGAUGGAUGUUAUAAUUGUUAAUAUAGUUGUGUGAUUGGAUGUAUUAAUUGUUAAGAAGGAAUUUGUUUAGAAUGUGAUUAUGAAUAAGGAUAUUAUUUAGAUGGUAAUGAUAAUUGUGUUACUUAUUGUGGUGAUGAAAUUAUUUAAGGGAAAGAACAAUGUGAUGAUGGAAAUUUUGAUUAAUAUGAUGGAUGUUAUAAUUGUUAUUUUUAAUGUCAUUAUGCUUGUACUUUAUGUUACUAAGGACUUUGUUUAGAGUGUCAAUUUGGAUGGGCAAUAUCAUUAAAAGGACAAUGUGAAGUUAUUUGUGGAGAUGGCAUAGUUGUAUCUACAACUGAUUAAUAAAAUGAAUAAUGUGAUGAUGCUAAUAUUGAUUCUUUAGAUGGAUGUUCAUCUGGAUGUUUAAUUGAAAACAAAUGGAAUUGUAUCAAUGAUAUCAAUGGACCAUCUGUUUGCUAAUUUACUUAAUAACCUACAAUGCUCUUAACAUUAUUGACUCUUGCUCCAAAUCUAAAAUAAUCUACUUAAAUAUCUUUUACAUCCAAUCUUAAGUAUCUAGGUUUAAAGAAUAACUAUGAAUAAUCUCUUGUUUAAGCUUAUAUUUUGAAUUUAAAUCCAUCUCUAUAUAAAUUAGAAGUAGAGAGUAAUAAUAAAUACUCCACUAGUACAUUUGACUCUGUAAUAUUUAUUAUUCAUGUUGAAUUUUUUAUAAGUGUGGAGAAUCCAUCAUUAUAAGUCUUAUUCAAACAUUAAGAAUUUAUUGAUGAUAAUAAUUAGCAUCCAGUAAAUACAAAAUAAAACAUUCGUUUAUUUACAUGCUAUUAUGAAUCAGCCUCUGAUUUAAAGAUUUCAUCAACUACUGCUGUUUUUAAUUCAAUUUUGCUGUAUAUACUAUUAGCUAUUGCUAUAAUUUCAGUUCUAACUGGAAACUUAGAUAUAUUUUGGAAUCUAUUAGAUAUGGUUUAGUAUUUAUCAUAUAUUAAAUAUAUUAAUAUAUAAUUUCCAAGUAACUUAAAUUCGUUCUUUGAUUUAUUUAGAGUAAUAACGCUAUAACCAUUCCUAGAUUUUAUUCAUUUUUAAACAAUUAUCAAUCUAUUUAGUUUUGGUGAAACUAUCAUCAUUCCUACCACUAACAAGUUUAAAGAAGAUAAUAUUAAUGCUUUUUAUUUUUAUAAUUUUGGAAGUUCGAUGCUUAUUUUUGGUACUACAUUUGGUUCCUUUUAUGUUAGUUUAUUACUCAUUAAUACCAUUAAUAAAUAUAUUCAUCAUUUAUAUGAUCAUCUUUACUUUUUAAAAUUGAUUUAACAGUUAUAUAGAAUAUUAGUAAGAUUCUAAUUUUAUUUUUUCUAUUCUGGAAUUAUUAGAAUAUUUCUAACCAAUACAUAUGAUAUUCUUUUUACCGUCUUACUUUAAUUGUAUUAUCCUAAUUUUCACAUCUUUAUUACAUCUUUUAGUGUAUUAAUAGCUGGAAUGUCAUUUUGUUUAGUAUUAAUCAUUAUAUAUAUGAUUCUAUCUAAAUAAACAUCAGAAUCAAAUGGAAUUGCUGAUUAAUUUACUGUUUUAUCAGAAGGAGUAACAUCAAAUCAUGGAUUGUGGGCCAGAUAAUUUAAUUCUUUGUUAUUAAUUAAGAAAUUAGUGUUUAUGCUUUUAUUAAUUUUUAUGUAAUAAUCUGGAUAAUUAUAAACCACCCUUAUUUCGAUUACUCAUAUUUCAUUUGCUUUAUAUCUUAUAUCAAAAAGACCUAUGAAAAAUUAAUAUGAAUAUUACAAAAUGAUAUUUGUAGAAUCUAAAAUUACUUUGGCUACUAGUUUCUUUAUUUUAUAUUCAAUGCCUAAUCUCACAUUAGACUAAAAAUAUAUAAUUGGAUGGUUGCAUAUUGCAAUAUUUACUUCUAUCCUUAUAUUUUCUGUAGUAUUGGAUUUGACAUAUUAAUUAAGAGUGAUUAAAGAGAAACUCAUAAAAUUAUGUGGAUAAAAACAAGUGCCAAAUUAAAAAAUAAUAUUAUUUGAAACAAUACCUAUGUAAAGAAGAUGUUAAUGA